UUCAGUGUGUCUAUAGAAAAGUUAUGGGAAUCUUGCGAACGAUCUUAAAAGUAAAUCUAAUACUUUUUCUAUGUCAAUUUGGCAAGUGUCGUGAAUAUGAUGAAGAAUUAUCAUAUAAUAAUGUCACCAUUAAUCAGGAAAAUGUAUUAAAUCAGGAGAUUAGUAAUGAAACUUAUCAUAAACCAAACUAUAAUAACAAAUAUCAUAGAAAAUCGCAAGCAGCAGUCCAAUUGGACAAUCUAAAGGGCUUUACCAAGGACAUUUUAAAAAAACUAGAAGUACAAUUGGUUGAAUUGGAUAAUCUAAAGAUCAUGCUCAAUAGUCAUCCAGGUGGAUUGAAUCAAAAUGCUGAACGAUCAUUUGCCACUUCCUGUCUGGAUGCCAAUGUGAAUAACGAUGGGCUGCAUAAGAUUCAAGUGCCAGGAUUGGAUCCCUUUAUGGCCUCCUGUAACACAAAUGUGGCUGGAGCCGGUUGGCUGGUCAUUCAACGGCGCAUAGAUGGCGGAGUGAAUUUCUUUCGCAGUUGGUCCGAAUAUCGUGAUGGUUUCGGUGAUCUGAUGGGCAAUUUUUUCAUCGGCUUGGAGAAAUUGCGUGCCAUUACAGCUGCCCAGCCCAACGAGUUGUACAUUCAUUUGGAGGAUUUCGAUGGCGAGACCCGAUUUGCCAAAUACGAAGAGUUUGCCAUUAGCAACGAGGCGCAGGCAUAUGCCCUAAAUACCUUGGGUAAAUACUCUGGCACAGCUGGAGAUUCAUUGCGUAUGCAUGAGAAAAUGAAGUUUACCACCUAUGACAGGGAUAACGACAAGGAUAAGAUAAAGAAUUGUGCUGUGGCCUUGACCGGUGGCUGGUGGUAUGAAAACUGCAUUGACAGCAAUCUAAACGGUGUCUAUUUGGCUGGUAGCUAUGAUGAAACACUCAGUGGGCGCGGCAUUUGCUGGGAGGCAUGGCGUGGCUUUGAAUAUUCAUAUAAAAAUGUCAUCAUGAUGAUAAGACCCAGAUUGCCCAUACAAAGUUAAGCCCAGCUCUUUGGAAUAUUCAGAAUAUUUUUAUCAAAGUCCAUAAACUAUAUACAUACUUAUAUAUACAAUGUAAUUGUUGUCAGUGAACAAAACUAAUCAAAAUCAAUAAAUAACCCAAUUAGGAAAA